AUGGUGGUGUUGAGAAACAGCAAAGUAACGACGGAACCGCCAGAGACGACAGAAAUGGCGGAACCGUCGAACUCACAGAAGCGGCAGAACCGUCGAAGGCGACAGGCGGCGGAACCGUCGAGCGACCGAAGCGGUGGAACCGUCGAGGCCAACAUAAACGGCGGAACCGUCAAAGCCGACAGAAGCGGCGGAACUGUCGAAGCCAACAGAAGCGGCGGAACCGACCAAUGA